ACAGUCUUGAGUUUCACUUGACCGACUGCUAUCUCUCUCUCUCUCUAUUACUUCGAACUUAAUAUUUCACUACAACCGAGAAUAUGAUUACUCCAAAAGAACAACAACUAAAUCCUGAUCUGGGUUCUUUCCGGGGUAAUCAUCUAAAGAAGACAAUCAAGGAUAAAUGUAGGAUUUUCGGAGAGACGACCAUGUACUACGGCAAUGCUGGAUCUGUCCAUGUAUUGUCUCCGAUCCCUGGCUCUCCAUCACCGGACACAAAACCAAUGCUUGACCACAUGCGUGCAAACUGUCCGGAGAGAGCGUCUCUGGUCAGAUCUUAUCAUAAAGACAAAACCAUGUCCCGACAGAAAAUCUCGUCCAAGAAAACUACCAAAGGAAACGAUUACAUUUUACCGCCAAUAAAAAAUCUACCUACGACUAUACGUCCAAAGAGAAUGUCGCAUAGGAUCCCAGAAUUAGUAGUAUCUACGGAAGAAUGCAAACCAAUCAACAUGCCGAGCUUUCAAAGAAAGUGACAGAAAACGGUUACCAAAGGGAAAUAACUCAUCUGCCGUUUCGUAUGGCCAGAGGACUUCUACUUGUAAAGUCCUACCACCCCAGCCUCAUACUGUCCGCCUCCCGUCUCUUCGAAUCCAAGCUUUGGUUGCUCGAUAAAGACUCAAAGAUGAACUAAAGACGUUUGUUUGAUUACUUUUGAUAUAAAGCAUGUGACUAUGAUUUAAUUACAUACAAAGCUUUGGAACUGAAAGUAGAUACAUAAUUUAACCAUUGAGGAAAUCUUUAAAUAUACAAUUAUAAUCUA